AUGGACCUUUUGAAUAAAUCACAUAACGUUAACGGCACCGAGCCGUUCGAACCUGAAUCUCCCGUUGUUUCCGCUUUGAUGGUCAAAAUCUGGACGGCCGUUCAUCUAUCCCUGUGUUUCGAAGGGUCACUGGGAAACGGCCUACUUAUGAUCUUGAUCCUGACCAACAGUAAACUGCGGAUCGGUUGCGGCUUAUUAAUAGUUCAUUGCCUGGCGGCCUACACUAUUCUCUGCGCCGUCAGCUUCCCCGUGGUGGCAGUGAGCAUUUACCUACGCCAGAUUUACGGCUGGAAAAUCUAUCCGCGCGACUGCAACAUCAUCCAGUGGAUCCAGAUGACAGCGCGCUACACAGCCACGGGGAUGGAUCUGCUAAUCGCGGCUAACCGCCUGGCUGCGCGCUGCUACCCGUAUCACUACCGUGACCUUUCCAAAAAGAAUCUCGAACGCUGGCUGGUAAUCGCUGUUUGGUUAUUCGGUGGUCUGCUGGCUCUCCUUGGCUGGUUUCGCGUGGGUACGGCGAAUACGGUUAUUCUGCUAGGUGCCUGUGUCCAGAUGCCCAGUAGUCGUAUUGGCGUGAUGGUCUUUGUGGCCGGUUUCUACCUGCCCGCCGCGAUUACCGGUGCGGCGUAUAUAGCGCUCUAUUCGUACGCAAGCGCGUUUAUCACGCAUAUCACAUCGGAAGCCGUACAUGUUUUGGCGUUGUGGCUGUCGGCUGUCCAGCUGAUUGGAUUCGCCGGAAAUCCACCAAUUUGCUUCGUAAUGAACAAAGAUUAUCGUGACGAGCUACACCGACUGGCGUGCAAGCGACACCGGACCAGUGCCCAGCAUGAAAGUGGACGUGUAGGCAUGACUUCGUCCGUGCACAAAGACACGGUGGUGGCCAGUCGCGCUAUUAGCAGCUAA